AUGCCUCUCCACCAGUUCCAUUUGACCGCCUCUAUCUCUUCUUCUUCAUCGCCUUUCCUCGCUCCUCCCUCUGCCUUCAACUCCUUCUCCUCCAGGCACAAGAACUUUUCUCUUCCGCCGCGAGACUUGGGGAUUUGUAGGUGUGUUGCGACUCCUCAGGAAGCGAAGACCCCAACUGCUUACAAAACGAAUGUUUCUCGCAAUGCCAACAUGGGGAAGCUUCAAGCUGGUUACUUGUUUCCCGAGGUUGCUAGGAGAAGGAAUGCCCAUAAGGAGAAGUACCCUGAUGCUCAAGUGAUAAGCCUUGGAAUAGGAGACACCACUGAGCCCAUUCCAGAUGUGAUAACAUCUUCAAUGUCGAAAAAAUGCCAAGCAUUGUCUACUCUUGAAGGUUACAGCGGCUAUGGGGCUGAGCAAGGUGAAAAGUCAUUGAGAGCUGCGAUUCGGUCUACUUUCUAUGCUGAUCUUGGUAUCAAUGAUGAUGAUAUAUUUGUGUCUGAUGGUGCCAAAUGUGACAUAUCACGCCUUCAGGUUGUUUUUGGCUCUAAUGUCACAAUGGCAGUGCAAGAUCCUUCAUAUCCGGCUUAUGUUGACUCUAGUGUCAUAAUGGGUCAGACUGGGCAGUUCCAAACGGAUGUCGAGAAGUAUGCCAACAUUGAAUACAUGAAUUGCACUCCGGAGAAUGGUUUCUUUCCUGAUUUAUCCAAGUCCCCUCGAACAGACAUAAUAUUUUUUUGUUCCCCUAACAACCCCACUGGAGCUGCUGCAACAAGGGAGCAACUGACCCGCUUAGUGCAGUUUGCCAAGGACAAUGGAUCCAUUAUUGUCUAUGAUUCGGCAUAUGCAUUGUAUAUGUCUGAUGACAAUCCUAGGUCCAUUUUUGAAAUUCCUGGAGCGAGAGAGGUAGCAAUUGAGACUUCAUCUUUCAGCAAGUAUGCUGGGUUCACUGGAGUUCGGCUAGGUUGGACUGUGGUUCCAAAGGAGCUUCUUUUCUCUGAUGGGUUCCCUGUGGCCAGGGACUUCAACCGAGUUGUCUGCACUUGCUUCAACGGUGCUUCCACUGUCGCUCAGGCGGGUGGCCUGGCUUGCCUGUCACCAGAAGGCCUCAAGGCAAUGCACGAAGUAAUUGGAUUCUACAAAGGAAACACAGAGAUUAUAAUGGAUACCUUUAACUCACUCGGGUUCAAAGUCUAUGGCGGGAGGAAUGCUCCAUACGUGUGGGUACACUUCCCUGGCCGGAGCUCAUGGGAUGUGUUUGCCGAGAUUCUGGAGAAGACCCAUGUAGUAACCACACCUGGUAGUGGUUUUGGCCCUGGUGGUGAAGGUUUUGUCAGAGUGAGUGCCUUUGGUCACAGAGGGAAUGUUUUGGAAGCCUGCAAGAGGUUCAGGCAGCUUUACAAGUGA